AGAUAUAUGGCACGCCACAGGCAAUGAAAUUCGUUGUUUCCUGAACGAUAUUCUUCAUUGGAAUAAAGUACAAAUUUUUCAAUAUCAAAAGUUUUUAAUUAAGAGCAUUUAAGAUGGAGGACUCAGUAAAUAAUAAACAGAAUGGACACCAGUUGGAGUCAUUAACGCAUCCUGAAGAAAUUGCUGAAGCUGAACCACUGUCAUGGAGAUUUUGGAGGAAACGCCGGUACAUCGUAGUGCUGUUGGCCUUUUUUGGUUUCUUCAACGUCUACUCGAUGCGUGUAAAUUUGAGUGUGGCAAUUGUAGCAAUGACGGAGAACCGCACGACAAUUGACGCCAACGGUGUGGAAACGGUCGGACCUGAGUUUCCUUGGGACUCCAAACAAAAAGGACUUAUACUCAGUUCAUUCUUCUAUGGCUAUAUACUGACACAAUUCGCGGGCGGUUUUAUUAGUUCGAAAAUAGGUGGCAAUAUUGUUUUUGGCAUAGGCAUUGGUGCCACUGCUAUAUUGACACUAUUCACACCAAUGGCUGCGAAACAUAGUUUGGAUGCCUUCAUUGCUGUUCGUAUUAUUGAAGGUUUCUUCGAAGGUGUGACUUUCCCUUGCAUACACGCCGUCUGGUCACGUUGGUCACCGCCACUAGAGCGUUCACGUAUGGCUUCCAUUGCAUUUGCUGGUAACUAUGCAGGCACUGUCGUGGCUAUGCCAGCGUCAGGCUUACUUGCCACUGCUUACGGUUGGGAGAGCGUCUUCUAUGUGUUUGGUACCAUUGGUUGCCUUUGGUUAAUACUUUGGUUCAUUAUUGUGCGUUCUGGACCUGACAGAGAUCGUUUCUGCUCACAAGACGAACGUGAAUAUAUACAAAAAACUAUUGGCUACACUAGUGAACAAAAAGUAACACAUCCCUGGAGAGCUAUAUUCACUUCACUGCCGUUUUAUGCUAUUAUUGCUUCACAUUUCUCUGAAAAUUGGGGUUUCUAUACCUUACUUACGCAAUUGCCUACUUUCCUUAGAGAUACACUUGAAUUCAAUUUGGACAAAACUGGUUUCCUUGCUGCGGUACCAUAUUUGGCUAUGGGUAUCCUCUUGGGUGUUUCCGGUUACUUGGCCGAUAUGUUGCAAGUCAAGGGUAUUCUUACUACGACCCAAGUCCGUCGCUAUUUCAACUGUGGCGCAUUCUUGGCACAAACUGUUUUCAUGGUAUUGACAGCUUACCUAUUGGAUCCAACUUGGUCGGUUGUUUGCAUCACCAUUGCUGUAGGCUUAGGUGCUUUUGCCUGGUCUGGAUUUGCUGUAAAUCACUUGGAUAUAGCGCCACAACAUGCCAGUUUGCUUAUGGGUAUUGGUAAUACCAUUGCUACUGUUCCUGGUAUUGUCAGUCCUAUGUUGACUGGUUACCUUGUUGUUGAUGGUACAAGUGAUGAAUGGAAAGCUGUCUUCUUUAUCUCAGCUGGUAUUUACUGCAUCGGCUGCAUUAUUUAUUGGAUUUGGGCGUCAGGUGAACUACAAGAAUGGGCUAUGACUCCAGAACAAAGAGCGGCAGCAUUAGAACAGAAAGCACAAAAGAAUGGUCAUACAAAUGAAGCGCUCGAGCUGAAGGAAUAACGAAAACCAUUGUGAGCGAAACCUUUAUGGCGUAUCAAAUUAAAAUGAUACUAAUUUUAUAUUUAAGAAAAAAAAUGCCAAUGUAUUAUUACCUUUAUUUUAAUUUUUAUU